CCUCCCCCCCAGCCAUCCCGAACCGACCGGGAGGACCCGCUCUCAGGGGCCGGGACACAGUGCAUGGAUCCGGGCUGAGUUCACAGGAGGAGUCGGUGUCUUGUCUGGCUCGUGCUAAUGCUAACCGGGUUAGUCAACUAGCCGCACCAGUUGAACUAGUUCAGUUCACCAGUGGACCGGGUCUGGCGGUCUGGAGCGGUCCCGGUUCAGAGAAAACGAGUGAACGGGUUAUUAUCGUGGAGGGGGGUUCUGGUUCUGGUUCUGGUUCUGGUUCUGGUUCUGGUUCUCUGAAUGUAGUCUGGUGUGCAGGUUUCAGACGGGUUCAAUGUCGUCAGACAUCAGGAGACUGUGUUCUAAACCCGAGUGUAGGAACCAGGUGGAUCCAGGUGGUCCUGGGCUCCAGCUCAGAGUCCUAAGUGGUCUUUAUUUAGGAUUUGAAUGUGGUCUGGCCCUCAUAAGGGGUCUCAGUCAGGGUCCACGUUACAGCUGGGUUUGAAGGAAAGUCCUGAUCAAACCAGGCUACUUAUAGAAGGGGUGUGUACUGGUUUCACUGGGGUCUGGAAGCAGGUGGACCCGGGCCAAAGCCGGUCCUGGAUUGAAGUGUCCUUCUAGCCGGUCUGGUUUAAGACCAGGAUCUAAACGUAGUCCCUCCCAGUUUUAGUGAAGUAUUUACUGUUUGUUUGGGCUUCCAACAGGUUUUGUGAGACUCUGGUUUAAUGGGGUUCUGACUGAAGACUCUAGUUUAGACCUGAUGUAAAUGCAGUCAGACCUGGACUUGUCUGUCCUCUUGUUUUUGUUGCUGGUCUUGGAUGCAGUUGGUCCAGGUCUAAACGGGGCCUAGUCCCAGGUCCAGCUCACGAUGGCAGAGCUCCACCAGAGUCCCACCUCGCUGUGCUGCUGUCGUAAAUCGCUGCUGGUCUCUGGGAACCGGUGUGUCGGGGCCUCCGGCCGGCCCUCAGCAGUCCCGGGUCUGGGACCCGGGACUCCGCGGUGCCCCUUGGUGGACGUGGCCUCGGCGUCUAACUUCAGCUGUUUCCAGCUGCGACACCUCCACCUGGACCUGCGGCUCAACUUUGCCGUGAAGGAGAUGAGCGGCUGGAUGGUUCUGGACCUAGUCCCGGUUCAGCCUGGGGUCCACAUCCUGGUCCUGGACUCCCACCCCUCCCUCCUCAUCCACUCCAUAGACUGUAAGGUCCCCGGGGCCGGACCGGAGGAGCCGAUCUCCCUGACGUACCGGGUCGACCCGUUCACAGACUACGGAUCCUCGCUGAACAUCAGCCUGCCGCCGGCGGCAAAACCGGGUCAUCUGAUCCAGAUCACGGUCCGCUACAGCACCACGGACGGACCAGCAAUCUGGUGGCUGGACCCCGAGCUGACCUGUGGUCAGUCCCGUCCGCUGGUCUUCACUCAGGGUCACUCGGUGUGCAACCGCUCCUUCUUCCCCGGCUUCGACACGCCGGCUGUCAAGAGCACGUACACGGCUACGGUCAGGGUUCCCGAUGGAGUGACGGUUCUGAUGAGUGCGUCUCGGAGCUCGUACUCCAAACAGGACCGGGUCUUCGAGUUCUCCAUGGAGCUCCCCGUCCCGUCCUACCUGGUGGCCUUGGUGGCCGGGGAGCUGCAGCACGUCGACGUCGGCCCGCGGAGUCGCGUGUGGGCGGAGCCAUGUCUGCUGUCGUGUGCCGUAAAGAAGCUCGGGGGCAGCGUGGAGCGCUGGCUGGGCGUCGCCGAGGAGUUGUUUGGACCGUACCUGUGGGGCAGGUGUGACCUGGUGUUCCUGCCCCCCUCCUUCCCCAUCGUGGCCAUGGAGAACCCCUGCCUCACCUUCAUCAUUGCCUCCAUCUUGGAGAGCAGCGAGUUCCUACUGAUCGAUGUGGUGCACGAGAUCGCUCACGGCUGGUUCGGCAACGCCGUCACCAACGCCACCUGGGAGGAGAUGUGGCUUAGCGAGGGGCUGGCGACCUAUGCCCAGCGGCGCAUCACCACGGAGGCCUAUGGUGAGGCGUUCACAUGUUUGGAAACUGCCGUCCGAUUGGACGCUCUACACAGACAGCUGCGUCUCCUUGGAGAUAACAACCCUGUUAGCAGACUGCAGGUCAAGUUUGAGCCAGGUGUGAACCCCAGCUCGCUGAUGAAUCUCUUCACUUACGAGAAAGGAUUCUGUUUCGUGGCGUAUUUAUCUCAACUGAGUGGAGAUGUGAGACGGUUCGACUGCUUCCUCAGGGAUUACAUCUCGGAGUUCAAGUUUAAGAGCGUUGUUGCUCAGGACCUGAUCGACUACUUCCUGACAUAUUUCCCUGAGCUGAAGGACGCUGCUGUCUCCCAGAGAGAGGGUCUGGAGUUUGAGCGCUGGCUGAGUGGGUCUGGACCUCCUCUGUUUGAGCCCGACCUGUCCGCAGGGGGCGCUCUGACCCGGCCCGUCCAGGACCUGUGUGACCUGUGGAGGACCAGCAAGGCCCCCAACCUGCAGACCCUGGAGACCUUUGACCUCUCAGCCUGGAGCACCUUUCAGAUCGUCCUGUUCCUGGACCGCAUGCUGGACCUGUCCCCUCUGCCCCAAGAUGUGAUGGCCAGUCUGUCUGGUUGUUACUCGUCACUGUUUGAUGGACUGAAUGCUGAAGUUCAGAUCCGCUGGCUGCAGAUGGUGGUGAGGAACUCUUUCUACCCCGAGUUGCCUCGAGUCCGAGCCUUCCUCCACAAACAUACCUCCAGGAUGUACACGGUGCCGCUGUAUGACGACCUGGUUGCCGGGGUGAUGAAGUGUGUUGCUGUGGAGAUUUUCAACGAGACUCAGCGCCGUCUACAUCCGAACCUCAGACGCACGUUACAGCAGAUCCUGUUCCAGACUGGCACCAGCAACCAGAACCAGACCAGCCCCACCUUCACCAACCAGAACGUUCCUGCUCUGUCCAUCUUAGCCUCUUCCCCCUCCCCCUCACCUCCCCCCUGCCUCACCCCCUUCCCACAGCCGGUCGCCACAGCAACCGCCUCCCCUGCUGCCGGGACGACCAUCGCUCUGAGGGACGUCAACGUUUCGGCCUGAAGUCCAGAGACGACUCCUGAUUGGACGUCAGUGAGACGGGUCGUCUGAUUGGACGUGAUAAAUGAAGUGAUCAGUUGACAUAAGGUGGUGAUGUCAUCGUUGACUAGCAGCAGAACAGAUGAUUGAUCGUCUUCAUUGAUUUAUUACUUAUUGUUUGAUACUUAUUGAAUGUUUUGACUGUUUCCAGUGUUUUUAUUGGUCCCUUCACCCGUUUAACUUUUAACAGUUUAACUUUAUUGAUUAUUUUACCAUUCAGUCGGCAAACUCUUGAUUCUGACCUGUUGACCUGUGGCUCAGGUGGAGGAGCGAUGCCUUCAUUGCCUCGUUGUUUUUUAACAGAUUUAAAUAUUUUAAGAAAACAAGUUUGAUGUUUACCUUCUACCUCCUGACGCUAAUACGCCUGCAGACCUCGACUCGAGGCUCGGACCGCACAAUGACUCCUUGUGUCACAUGACCAGCAGACUUCCGCCUGAGUGGCCUUAACGCUGCGAUCAUGUUCAGCAGCAAUAAAAAAACAGCUUCCUCUCUGAAUCACUUUGAUCAGAACCCGAUCAAUAAAGAAACCCAGAUUUUAUUUAUAUAUUUUGGCACAAAAAUGAUUUCGAAGGUGGAAUGUCCUACCAUUCACAGCUGUCAGUGAACGCCUCUUCAGAGACAGUUUGUAAUGAAUGUUGAACUACAAAUAAACACUUUGGACUACA